GGAGCUAUAAUGCCUCGGUACUUUUUAUUCCUUCCCCGAGGCCGGCAGCCAAUUUCUAGCAGUGCCUUGGGUCCUGGCGUGCCAGCUGUUGCCGCUGGCCUCCCCCCGCAUCUCGUUCUCGCUCUGCUGCUCCGUGUACGGAACCGCCAUGGCUGCCUGGAGCGGGUCCGGUUCCGUCCCGGCAACCUCAGUCAGGCCCAGCUUGACCUCCGUCUCUUCGGGGGAGCUGCAGAGCCUUCGGACGUGCAACUGCGAGAUGGCAGUGCUGCCGCUGCGGCAGCUGCUGUCCCUGCAGUCGGACGCCUUCCAGCUGCAAGGGGACACUCUGGCCGUGCUGAAUCCGCUCAGCCGCCGGCUUGGGGGCGGCUUCACGGUGAUAAGCGACGGGUUUCUCCAGCUGGAUGGGCGACACCAGUGCAGGCUCACCGGCUAUUUCAAGAGGCACAUAGAGCUGAAUACCCAUUAUGAUUACAAAAACUACAGAGAGACUAUACUGAGUCGGCCAUUGGUGUUUUUCAUUAAUGUUAGAACAAAAUAUAAUUCUUCAAAAGAAAAAACAUACGCUUUGCUUGUGAAUACUCGACACCCAAAGAUGAGAAGACAGCUUGAGAAUAGCAUGAACAAUGUAAUAUCUUCUGUAAUUGGAGAAAGCUAUAAACUUCAGUUUGACUUCCAAGAUGUUGUAAAGAAGUUUUUUCCUUUGAAAGCCCAUCUGGUUAAUGAAGAAAGUCUGAGUUUCUCCUAUGAGUUCAAAACUGAUGCCUUAUUUGAUUUCUUUUAUUGGUUUGGGUUCAGCAAAAGCACUGUUUCAGUGAAUGGGAAAGUUCUUAACUUAUCAAGUACCAAUCCAGAGAAGAAAGAAAUUAUAACUAAAUUUCUGGAUAAAAUGAGUGAAGCAAAUUUACGUUCAAACAGCUUUUCAGACAGGAAGUUCAGCGUUACCUCUAGGGCUUCAAUAGAUGAUGUGUUUAAUGGCAACUUGACAUCACAGUCAACUUGGAUGGAGUCUCCUUUAGCACUCUGGACAAUUUCAGGGUCUCAGGAGUCUAGAGACAGGUCAAGUACUGAAAUCUGAUUUUCUUAACACUGAGAAAGAUAUAUUGAAGAAAGAAGGAAGAUAACCACAUUGGAAUUAUCCUUAUUGCUGGAUUCAGGGAAUUCCCAAAAGAGAAAUUUUAUUUUUCUGCCUUGUUGCAAAUAAUAGGAUGUAUCUGCAUUCUAUGUUGCUUUCGUUGACUGAUUACUGAAGUGAUACUUGCAGACCUGGUUCUAUAUUCAACAUUAAAGGCUAUUGAAGCCUGGAGUUUUUGGUAUUCCAGUUAUCCUUAAGCAUAUAGCCAGAAUGAUUUUAAUCCUGGAUUAUUUCAGUAGUUUCUAAAUAAUCACUAGGUUUUCAGAGUCAGGGAAAUACACAUUAUUUUUAUGAUUGCUCCAAUGUUUAUCACACUCUGGCAAUUCCAAACAGCUUUGAAUUAUGAGUAGCUAGGACAAAUAGUACUGGACUAUGAACUACACUUGAGGUUUUUUGUAAAAUGGAUGGUGGUAAAGAACUGGCAGAGGGAAUACUCUAAGUCUUUUGAUCCAGAAGUCAGCUGCUGACAGAGUCUGGCUCUGUUCUGGCUUGGAAAAUUUUGCUAACUUUCAUUCACUGGACAUUAUUUUCACAAGGGCUGUACAGUGCUUCAGAUUUAAUUCACAAAGAUGAUUCAGAAUACUCAAACACAGCAUCUGUCCAGUUCUUUAAAGCAGCUAUAUCUUUUCCCAGGAUUGUGUGGCUGCAGCUGUUGCACUGUCCUAGGAAAAGACAGACUGCUUUAAAUAGCAGCAGACAGGUGCUACGUUGUGCUCUCCAUAAUAUUUUUUUGGAAUUGAAUCCAAAGCGCUGUGCAGUCCUACUUUGCAUACACUGUACCUCUCAAAUAAAAUAUAAACAUUUGUUCUUUUCAGAUACUACUGGAAUAUGUAAACCUAAUACAUUAAAGGAAAUGCUUUGAAUCAGAGUUUAAUACCUUGGAAGGUUAAAGAAAGUGUAAGUGAUAAGUAUUUCACAGUAUAUGGGAGGGGCAGGGACAGAAAUGGUUGUAACUUCAGUCACUUUAGGGCUGCCUGAUUAAUAUUUUACUUUUUCUUUAUGCCAUAGUGUUAAAACACUAUUUUCAUAGCGGAAGUAUAAUCUUUUCAUCAUGGAAAUCCUGACCUUGUUAAAUAUGAAUUGCAUGGUAUAAUUUGGGCUUAUAGCAGCCUUUUCCAACUGAUGCCUUCCAGAUGCCUUCUAGGUUUGCAACUCCUAGAAUCCCCACCUGAAUGGCCUUCUGGCUGUAGGCCCACCAUAUCUGGAGAGUGCCAGCAGAUUUAAAGAAUGACUGGAAUGAAUGUGCCAUAAAAUUCUUUUUUUUUUCCUGGCAGGCUUUCUUUAUUAUUGUGUUAAAUGUCUACAUCUUAAGGAAUGUUUGAAGUAAUAUUCAGUUUCUGUAUAUAAACAAUUGCCUAAUCAGUGCCUUCUAUAUAUCUUUAUUUCACAAUAA